UUUGGAGACCGGGGCUGUUUGGAGGUUAGACUGGGGUGGGAGUGGGGGAUUGUGUUCUGGUAUUGAGGUGCUGGUGUCUUUUGCUAGCGGGUGGUGGGUGUGUCUUGCCCCUCCUGGCAGGACCCUGAGCCCCCUCCCUGGCCUCUCAUCCUGUCCGUCUUCUUGAGUGUUUUCCCUUUCCACUCCUGCUCCUGUGGUACCCCUCUGGCCGGGACACCCAGGAGAAUGUGUCAGGAGGAACUUCAUCCACACAGGGCAGGGGCUCUGAGCGAUGCUUUGGGUGGGGAGGGGCACCGCUGGGAUGCUGGCUUCUCUCCAAAUGGGCCUCUGAAUCCAGGCCGGGCAUUGCCUCUCUCCUUCCCAGGUGAGGGACUCCCUGGCGAGGUGGUGGUUUGGGACUGGGGGUGAGAGCAGAUCGCAGGUCCCACCUGGCCUGGAGCUAGGCCGAGGGUGGGGAGGAGGAGGUGAUGUCAGAGGAGCCUCAGGCCCCACAUCCUCCUCCCCCAUCCUGUUCCCAGCCCCGUGCCUCCCCCAUUCCGCUCUGGCUACCAGUGGGUUGGGGAGUUGGGGGGAGGGUAGAGGCAGGGCUGUUUUUGUUUCUCCUAAGCCAGGAAGUUGUGUGGAUGAGUCAAGGUUGAAUGGAGAGCCCUAGGCAGUGUUGUCCCGCCUGCCCUGACUCACCUGUCCCCCAGAUCCCCUGAUGCCCUCACUGAAGGGUCAGGUGCCUGCUCCCUCCUGAGGGGUCAAUCCCAGGUGCCCCAGGUGGCCUCAUAGUACUGGCCCAGUGUUUGGAGAACAGGCUGGGGGCUGGGAUUGCAGGUUCUCCCGGGUCUCAGCCCGGCCAAAGGGGUCUGCUGGGUUCCUACGGAGGAGGAGCCAGCCCCACCUCCACCUCUAGUGCUCGUCUUUGCCCACUGUCCUGUCUUUACUUGUCUUGAGUGUCUGUGCAGCCCCUAUAAGUGAUAAGACAUGGAUGAGAUUGGCCUUGUCUGGGGGUACCAGGUGCCCUCGGACAAAUGGGUGGAUAGGACAGGUGCACAGUAAUGGAUGAUGCGGCCCCCUCACAGUGCUGAGAGGGAGGCGUUCAGUGAGAAUGUGGAAAGCCAGGAACGCUUCUCAGAGGAGGUGGCUCUAGCACUGGGGCUUCAGGAAAGAGUUGGGCAGGAGGAUGGCCUGGGGAGAGUACGCAAGUUUUGGGGGCUGCUGGGGUCAGGACCCCCACCCCAGGCCCUGCUCUCCCCGUUGCACUGCAGUGGAGCUGGCUCUCCCGCCUUUCUGGCUCCCAUCCUUCCCCACCUCCUUCUCCCCUCUGCAUCACUCAUCACUUGGGCAGGCCAAACUUCGCCAAGUAUGAACAGGCUCUGGCAACUGGAUCUGGCAACAAAGUGCUGGAAAAACCCGGGGCACAGCCCAGCGCAGACAAGGGCACACAACUGGUUCCAUUAAGGCCCUCUCUCGCUCAGACGCCAUGGAGCUGGAUCUGUCUCCACCUCAUCUUGGCAGCUCUCCGGAAGACCUUUGCCCAGCCCCCGGGACCCCUCCUGGGACUCCCCGGCCCCCUGAUACCCCUCUGCCUGAGGAGGUAAAGAGGUCCCAGCCUCUCCUCAUCCCAACCACCGGCAGGAAACUUCGAGAGGAGGAGCGGCGUGCCACCUCCCUCCCCUCUAUCCCCAACCCCUUCCCUGAGCUCUGCAGUCCUCCCUCACAGAGCCCCAUUCUCGGGGGCCCCUCCAGUGCAAGGGGGCUGCUCCCCCGCGAUGCCAGCCGCCCCCAUGUAGUAAAGGUGUACAGUGAAGAUGGGGCCUGCAGGUCUGUGGAGGUGGCGGCAGGUGCCACAGCUCGCCACGUGUGUGAAAUGCUGGUGCAGCGAGCUCACGCCUUGAGCGACGAGACCUGGGGGCUGGUGGAGUGCCACCCCCACCUAGCACUGGAGCGGGGUUUGGAGGACCACGAGUCCGUGGUGGAAGUGCAGGCUGCCUGGCCCGUGGGCGGAGAUAGCCGCUUCGUCUUCCGGAAAAACUUCGCCAAGUACGAACUGUUCAAGAGCUCCCCACACUCCCUGUUCCCAGAAAAAAUGGUCUCCAGCUGUCUCGAUGCACACACUGGUAUAUCCCAUGAAGACCUCAUCCAGAACUUCCUGAAUGCUGGCAGCUUUCCUGAGAUCCAGGGCUUUCUGCAACUGCGGGGUUCAGGACGGAAGCUUUGGAAACGCUUUUUCUGCUUCUUGCGCCGAUCUGGCCUCUAUUACUCCACCAAGGGCACCUCUAAGGAUCCGAGGCACCUGCAGUACGUGGCAGAUGUGAACGAGUCCAACGUGUACAUGGUGACGCAGGGCCGCAAGCUCUACGGGAUGCCCACCGACUUCGGUUUCUGUGUCAAGCCCAACAAGCUUCGAAAUGGCCAUAAGGGGCUUCGGAUCUUCUGCAGUGAAGACGAGCAGAGCCGCACCUGCUGGCUGGCUGCCUUCCGCCUCUUCAAGUACGGGGUGCAGCUGUACAAGAAUUACCAGCAGGCACAGUCUCGCCAUCUGCAUCCAUCUUGUUUGGGCUCCCCACCCUUGAGAAGUGUCUCAGAUAAUACCCUGGUGGCCAUGGACUUCUCUGGCCAUGCUGGGCGUGUCAUCGAGAACCCCCGGGAGGCUCUGAGUGUGGCCCUGGAGGAGGCCCAGGCCUGGAGGAAGAAGACAAACCACCGCCUCAGCCUGCCCACGCCGGCCUCCGGCACCAGCCUCAGUGCAGCCAUCCACCGCACCCAACUCUGGUUCCACGGGCGCAUUUCCCGUGAGGAGAGCCAGCGGCUUAUUGGACAGCAGGGCUUGGUAGACGGCCUGUUCCUGGUCCGGGAGAGUCAGCGGAACCCCCAGGGCUUUGUCCUCUCUUUGUGCCACCUGCAGAAAGUGAAGCAUUAUCUCAUCCUGCCGAGCGAGGAGGAGGGCCGCCUGUACUUCAGCAUGGAUGAUGGCCAGACCCGCUUCACUGACCUGCUGCAGCUCGUGGAGUUCCACCAGCUGAACCGUGGCAUCCUGCCGUGCUUGCUGCGCCAUUGCUGCACGCGGGUGGCCCUCUGACCAGGCCAUGGACUGGCUCAUGCCUCAGCCCGCCUUCAGGCUGCCCGCCGCCCCUCCACCCAUCCAGUGGCCUCUGGGGCGCGGCAGCGGGGGACGGGAUGAGGAGCGGGAGGGUUCCGCCACUCCAGUUUUCUCCUCUGCUUCUUUGCCUCCCUCAUAUAGAAAACAGCCCCCACUCCAGUCCACUCCUGACCCCUCUCCUCAAGGGAAGGCCUAGGGUGGCCCCCUCUCCUUCUCCUAGCUCCGGAGGUGCUGCUCUAGGGCAGGGCAUUAUGGGAGAAGUGGGGGCAGCCCAGGCGGUUUCACACCCCACACUUUGUACAGACUGAGAGACCAGUUGAUCUGCUCUGUUUUAUACUAGUGACAAUAAAGAUUAUUUUUUGAUAUA